AUGGCGUACAUCUACAAACGAAUUGGUGUCCCAAAACUUUUAUAUGACAUUCUGAUGGGAUUUCUCGGUCCUGGUGAAAUUGAUAUUCGGACUGCGUUUGGAUGGGUGUCUAGCGGGAAGCGCGAAUUCGGCUUAGGACAGGGAUCAGUACUCUCCAUCCGGCACAUCGGCUACUACAUGGAUGUCUUGAUGCAGCGUCAAGACCAAGGCCCUGAUGCUGUAAUAAUAACGCACUCGCAAGGCGCGGAGCCGCAUCAGAUCGCUGCUACCGUAUUGGUGGACGACGUGAUUGAUGUUGCAACGACCCGAUCAGACAUUGAGCAUCGAGUCGCUGUCUCAAAUGUUUUUACGGGAAUUCACGGAACUGGCGGGGUUUUCGGUGCUUCUAAGUCGUUUCUGCUCCAGGCGGUGACGAUUGUAAGUCCAGCAGAGGGAUUCAAGCACCUGGGUAUUAUCCAAAGCACCGAUGACGUAUGGAGCGCAACCUUCGCACCUGUGUGGAAUGCGUUGAGACGCGAGGCAGACAUAAUAACCCGCCUACAGCUAACCGUGACCAACUCCAGUAUAUUGUGGCUACCUCGCGUACAGUAUCGAACGCAACUGAAUACUUCUCACAAGAUUGCAAAGCACGUCGAUAUUCUAAUUCGACGGGUGGCGAAGCACGUCCUUAAACUACCUCAUAGCACACCUAAAGAUGUGUUUCACAACGAGACACAGGGCCUUGGACUCGCCAGCUUUGAAGAUAUGUGUAACGUGGCACGAGCUCAGCUAGCCAUCCGAGUGAUGAACUCACCCCACUUGUCAGCCUACCACUUGCUAACGGAGGCAUUCGAAAUGUACCAGAUCCAAUCCGGGUUAACGUGCCACCCGCUUCAAAUGCCGAUGGAUCCCCCCCAGCCACCUCCAAACCUCUCCGAGCCCGACUACUUCGCUACAACCUCAAGUACUCCCACAAAGUGCGCUAUGUUGGAGACAUCGCCAACACAUCCGGUACGCUGCUAG